AUGAAGUCUCCCACGUGGAUCGCGCCCAUCCAGCAGUUCAUCGACGAGCGGUGCUGCAUCUUCGAGGAGGGCGAGGAGAAUCAAUUGGCGCACCUGCAGUGCCACGAGCAGUUCAAACUGCUCAUCCAGGACCUCUUCGUAGCCCACCUAGUGGAGGUCUCCGUGAUGCCGGAGGAGUUCGAGAUAUUCUGCUCCAACGGCUUGCGUGGCGACCAGCAGCUGCACCGGGUGCUGGUGGAGCAGCUGCUUAGCGUGGACGACUUCCUGACGUUCAAGACUAUGAUGGUGAGGCACAACGCGGAGCUCUGCCGCGAGGUGGUCACCUUUGAGUGCGCGGAUGACGAUCUAGACCUUGACGGAACUCUGUCACCAACGCGCGGUUUGGCAACCAUCGUGGUGGCUAAUUCCAUCAACCACGUGAUCGAGAUGAGCAAUAACGAGUGGCAAAUGUACGAGGAUCAGCAGUUCAAAUCGACUCUGAAGGCGGGCAGCCUCGCGGGAACGAUGCGUGGUGGCGCCAGCCUGAUGCGCACCAUUAAUUCGUUUGGGGGCACCAUGACCCUCGAAGUGUCUCAGAAUUUGAACUUGGGCGGCACCCUCGGCAGCGCCUGCGGCGGCGGCGCCUUCGGUGGCACCCUGGUCAGCAGCCUCGGCGGCACGAUGACCAGCCAACUGGCGGCAGAGAUGGCCAGCGACCUGGUCUCCGAGAUGGUCAGCAACCUCGACCUCAUGUGCGAAGAGGCCCGCCUCGGGGCCAACAUCGCGCUGCAGCUGCAGCUCGAGGAGGAGCGGCUCCAGCAGGUUCAGGCGGGCGCCCCGCCGAUGCAGCUGCCCCCCUCGGCCGGGUGCCUAUCGGCGCCCCUGAUGGCGUUGCCGCCGCAGAUCAAGGAGGGGCUCGACCCCGCGGGCGGACCGCAGGACGAAGCCCCAGCGGCUGUCGAAGUUCCUCGGAUCGUGCAGGUCUUGCCACUGCAGCCGCGGCCGUGGGGUUUCAAGUCGGCGCCGCUCGUCCGGCUGUCCUCGAUGGCCGAAGUCGCCGAGGCUGGCGCGCCCGCCGCCGCCGCAACGCCCGGGCCGGCCGCGGAAGCGCCGGCGCCAUUGCCGCCCCGGAUAGGCUUCACGUCCUCGCCGCUGUGCUUCCGGCCAGCGGCGCUGAAGCUGCCGGAGAGCCCAGCUCAGGACGGCGGCCACCCGGCAGCGCCCGAGUGCCUGCCGCCGCUGCCGGAGACGCCCAGGAGCCACUACAGCGGGGUGCAGCCCCAGACGAGCGUGCAGGAGAUGGCCUCCAACCUGGCCGAGUGGCGCCAGCGCGCGAAGCAGGCCAUGGAGGGCGCCGAGGAGCCCGGAGGGAGGCGGCCUCCGCGGAUGGGGCCGAUGGCGCAGGCGGCCUCCGACAGGCCCUCGGAGGAGGAGCGGCGACAGCGGGCGGAGCACCUGCGGCGGCAGCGGGGCGCCCUGAUCGCGAAGAGACACGCCGACAGGGAGCAGAAGGUCGCCGAGCUGCCCGCGCGUCGGGGCCGGCACGCCGCCGACGUGGCCUUCGCCACAUCGGAGGAGCGGCGGGCGGCCGGCAGGCGGCUGAUCGCCGAGCUGACGCCCCGAGCGGCCGCGCCCGGCGCCGCCCAGCCGGCGGGCGCGGCGGCCGCUGCGGACCAGAUGCGCCAGGCGCUCACCGCGCAGCUGCGGCAGACGCUGUGUAGUUCCAUGGUGAGCGACGCUGGGCUCCUGCAAGACCAGAUCAGCCAGUUGCACGUGCUCAGGAGGCAGGGUGCCGCGCCGUAG